AUGGAACACGGCGAACACACAAUUUCAGAUGUUGAAGUGAUGGGCGAGAAGGCGGAGAUGUCACAUGAAGAAACAGUGCAUCUUGCUGAGCUGACCCCAGAAGAAAAGGUGCUUGAGAAGAAAUUGCGCCGGCGCAUUGAUCUUCUGAUUAUGCCACUUGUGAUCUUGGUGUACUUGAUGAAUUAUAUUGAUCGAAACAACUAUGCCGCUGCCAAACUUCAAGGGCUUACAGAGGAUCUUCAUCUUGAUGGUCAACAAUACCAAACCGGACUCUCCAUCCUGUUUGUUGCCUACAUCCUCAUGCAAGUUCCAUCGAACCUACUACUCAACUACAUGGGCCGUCCGUCUCUCUAUCUUGGCUUCUUUGUGGCAGCAUGGGGCCUCGUCUCCGCCUGCACCAGUCAAGUGACAAGUUACGGCGGGAUAGUUGCAUGCCGAUUCAUUUUAGGAUUGGUCGAGGCGCCUUUCUUCGCCGGAGUUCUUUUCUACCUAUCGAAAUGGUACACCCGCUCCGAGCUAGCUUUCCGAAUGAGCAUUUUCUACUCGGGCUCCUUAAUCAGCGGUGCCUUCGGUAAUCUAAUCGCCGCCGGCAUCCUCAAUGGACUAGCCGGCAAAAGAGGUAUGGGGGCCUGGCAGUGGCUGUACAUUAUUGAAGGCUCAAUCACUUGCUUCAUCGGUGUUGUCAUAUGCUUCAUCCUACCAGAUUUCCCUGAUACAUGGCGCCUCCUCUCACCUGAAAUGCGAGCCGUCGCUACCCGCAGACUGGCAAUCGAAGCAGCGGAGGCUGACGUCGAUGAGGAGGGAAGCGCAGGUAUGAGCCAACUCAAGGGAUUGAAAAUGGCCAUGACAGACCCGAAGACCUACGUGUUCGCAUUUGCCUACAUGUGCAUUGCUGGAGGUGGAAGCUUCCAAUAUUUCUUCCCGACGCUAGCAGAAACGCUAGGAUACAGCAAGACUAUUUCGUUGUUGCUCGUCGCACCACCAUACGUGUUCAUGGUAUUCUACAGUGUGUUUCACAGCUGGCUUUCCGAUAAACUCGGUGUUCGUUUUUGGUUUUUCAUCUACCCAGUCCCCAUCACUAUUGUUGGAUUUAUCAUUUUCAUGACGACUGAUUCUUUCGGGCCGAGGUAUUUCUCGUUGUUUUUGAUGAACUUCACCUUUGCGCAGAACGGAACAUUGUAUUCUUGGAUUGCGAAUGCGUUGCCGCGACCUCCUGCUAAACGUGCUGCUGCUUACGCUUUCAUCAACUCGAUUGGCAACUCAGCAACUAUCUGGACACCAUAUACAUAUUUUGAUUCACAAGGGUCCCAUUACCCGGUUGCUCUGGGCAUAUGUAUUGCGUUACAAGCAUUGGGUGGUCUGUCGGCCGUGUUUAUGUAUUUCAAUCUGCGGAUGCUGAACAAGAGACAAGAGCGUCUGGAGAAUGAGAGUGGGGAAGUGCAGCUCACCGAGAAGGAACUUCGGCGGCUUCAAGUUACGGCUGACUAUGAAGGGAUUGACAUCGCGGCGGCACGUCGGCUGCAGAAGGGAUUCCGAUACAUGCUUUAA